UCAACCAUCCCCAAAUCCUCCCAACUCUUUCUCUCUCUCUCUCUCUCACCCCUCUUCAUCUUUCCCUCUCCACCUUUUCUCUACCCUCAUUUUUCUUUCUCUCUCACACACAACCAUUAUAAAAUCAAAAACAAAACAAAACAAAAAAAAAAUUACAUAAUUUCCACAAAUUGUUAUCUUGAGACACAAGAACAUGGAUAAUCAACAACAUAGCCCUCUGCUAACUUGGGCUUACUUCUGCCAAGGAAAGUCAAUGGAGGAGCUAAAACAAUCCUUAAUAUACACAACAAUGGAGCUUGAACAAACAAGAGCAACAGUCCAAGAAGAAUUAAGAAAAAGAGAUGAACAGUUACUUAACCUAAAAGACAUUCUUAACAAAGUCGUAAGAGAAAGAGACGAAGCACAUGAAAAAUGCCAAAGACUUUUCUUAGACAAAUUACUUUUCCAGCAACAACAACAACAAGAACAGCAAAAACAAAAACAAGAACCUCUGUCUGGAAUCUCAAGCGUCGAAGAUGAACAACAGAAACGAGGAAUCGAAUCUUCUAACCACAAUGGCUUGUCAUCAUCAGAUUGCGAAGAAAGCAUAGUAUCCUCACCAGCAGCGACAGCAACAGAACAACAACCAAUGAUGAUGAUUGAGUUAAUAGCGAAAGAUAAACCUUUGCCGGAAAAAGGUAAACUUUUACAGGCAGUGAUGAAAGCCGGUCCUUUGCUUCAGACCCUUUUGCUUGCAGGACCAUUACCUCAAUGGAGACACCCUCCACCACCAUUAGAGACCUUUGAGAUUCCACCUGUCACAAUUCCAUCACCAACACAGCAACAACAACAACAACAAAUUCUUCACCAAGAUUCUUCCUUUGUGAACACUAACUGUGGAAGAUUCAGUAGUAGAAAAAGGGUUUUCGGUGAAGGUUCUGAUUCUCCUUCUGCAGAUAACAAGUACCAGAGGAUUGUACUCCAUUGACUUCUACCUAGUACCUACCACUACUGUUACUAUUGACUCAGUUCGACAAGUACUAUGAUUUUAUUGUUGUGAAAUCUCAACCGUCUGAUCUAUAUUUUUUUAUCAACUAAGCUUUUUAAUUUAUAUAUAUUUAUGUUUACUGGUUAGUUAGUUAAUUAAUAGCAUGGUUAGUAUUAGCAGGAUGAAAUUGUACUAAUAUAUAGCUUAUAUAUAGUGGUGGGUGUGGGAAGAAAAAAAACUUGAUUUUGGGUUUCUGGUAAUGUUUAGGAGUGAAAGAUUUGUGCUUGACUUUUUCCUCUUUUCACAUUCUAGUUUUGUUUUUUUGUGAAAGGAAAAGGGUCAUUGUAAUAUAUUUGUAAUGUAACUAAAAUACUAAAGUUCAACAA